CACCUUGUUGUUCAAAGAAAAAAAGCAUCACCUUGUUGUUCAAAGAAAAAAAAGGCUUCAACUUUUGCUCUUCUCGUGUGUCUUUGAGCAUAGUUUCUCAUGGCUCUCUCUGCAUUUCGAUUUCCUUCUUACUUGAGUAGAGAAACUUCAACAGAUUAUUGCAAAACUACUUCUUUAUCUUCUUCUCAAUCUUUAGCUACAUAUCUUCCAUCAAUAUGCCGCAGAAGUACCGUUUCUCAUUCAAAAAUAAGAACAACAGUAAAGGGCUCACUAGUAACGAAUGGUGACUAUCAUUCGACAAGACCACCAACUCCUUUGUUGGACACAAUCAACCAUCCAAUCCACAUGAAAAACUUGUCCAUCGAGGAACUCAAAGCUCUUUCAGACGAGCUGAGGUCAGAUGUUGUCUUCAAUGUUUCAAAAACUGGAGGACAUUUAGGUUCCAAUCUUGGUGUUGUUGAGCUUACAGUGGCUCUUCAUUACGUCUUCAAUACUCCUCAAGAUAAGAUACUUUGGGAUGUUGGUCAUCAGUCUUAUCCUCACAAGAUCCUAACAGGGAGAAGAGGAAAGAUGAAGACAUUGAGGCAAACCAAUGGCUUGUCCGGUUUCACCAAGCGAGGAGAGAGUGAACAUGAUUCUUUUGGCACUGGACAUAGUUCAACCACAAUAUCUGCAGGAUUGGGGAUGGCUGUGGGAAGGGACUUGAAGGGUAGGGACAACAACGUGGUUGCAGUUAUAGGCGAUGGUGCAAUGACAGCUGGACAAGCUUAUGAAGCAAUGAACAAUGCUGGCUAUUUGGACUCUGACUUGAUUGUGAUUCUCAAUGACAACAAGCAAGUCUCCUUGCCUACUGCUAACUUGGAUGGACCAACACCACCUGUUGGAGCUUUGAGCAGGGCUCUCAGUAAGUUGCAGUCUAAACGUCCUCUUAGGGAACUUAGAGAAGCUGCAAAGGGGAUGACAAAGAAAAUUGGAGGAUCAAUGCACCGGCUAGCUUCGAAGGUAGAUGAGUAUGCUCGAGGAAUGAUUACUGGGGCUUGUUCAACACUAUUUGAAGAACUUGGUUUCUACUAUAUUGGUCCUGUUGAUGGACACAACAUAGAUGAUUUGGUUUCAAUUCUUAAAGAAGUAAAGAGCACUAGAACCUCAGGACCCGUUCUUAUUCAUGUCGUGACUGAGAAAGGUCAUGGAUAUCCUUAUGCAGAGAGAGCACAUGACAAGUAUCACGGAGUUGUGAAAUUUGAUACAGCAACUGGUAAACAGUUCAAAAACGUUGCUGAAACUAAGUCUUACACGACCUAUUUUGCGGAGGCCUUGAUUGCGGAAGCAGAAGCAGAUAAAGAUGUUGUUGCCAUUCAUGCAGCUAUGGGAGGUGGGACUGGGUUGAAUCUCUUCCAAAGCCGCUUCCCUACACGUUGUUUCGAUGUCGGUAUAGCAGAACAACAUGCGGUUACUUUUGCUGCUGGUCUUGCAUGUGAAGGUCUUAAGCCAUUUUGUGCAAUAUACUCGUCUUUCAUGCAACGAGCUUAUGACCAAGUUGCACAUGAUGUUGAUCUACAGAAACUGCCUGUUAGAUUUGCAAUGGACAGAGCAGGACUUGUGGGAGCAGAUGGUCCAACACAUUGUGGAGCAUUUGAUGUGACGUUUAUGGCAUGUCUUCCAAACAUGAUAGUCAUGGCUCCUUCUGAUGAAGCAGAGCUUUUCAACAUGGUUGCAACCGCUGCAAUUAUAGAUGACCGUCCUUCUUGCUUUCGAUAUCCGAGAGGAAACGGUGUUGGCGUUUCACUUCCUCCUGGAAACAAAGGUGUCCCUCUUGAGGUUGGAAAAGGUAGAAUACUAAGGGAAGGUGAGAGGGUAGCUCUGUUAGGCUACGGAUCAGCAGUUCAAAACUGUUUAGAGGCUUCUUCUAUACUCCAUAAACGAGGAUUAAAGAUAACUGUAGCAGAUGCAAGAUUUUGCAAGCCAUUAGAUAUUGCUCUCAUUCGAAACUUAGCUAAAUCUCAUGAGGUUCUGAUCACGGUUGAAGAAGGUUCAAUUGGAGGUUUUGCAUCACAUGUGGUACAGUUUCUAGCACUAGAUGGUCUUCUUGACGGAAAGCUCAAGUGGAGACCAAUGGUACUACCUGACCGGUAUAUCGAGCAUGGAUCACCACUAGACCAACUGGCUGAAGCUGGCCUCACGGCUUCUCACAUUGCAGCCACCGUACUUAACUUAAUUGGGACACCCAGAGAAAGCUUGUAUUGGAAGUAAUCGGGGGUAACCAACAGAAGGGCAAAGUUUUCCCACCAAUUAUCUAAAAUAUUGUAUAACUAUAAAAGUUCUUGUUCUUAAAUUUUCUCAGUAGUUUCUAAUC